AUGAGUGAAAAAAAUGAAUUAUGUGAAAAGUACCGUAAAUUUGCUGUGGAAAGGUUACAAUCAGAUUAUGAAGAAAUGAUCAAAGCCGUAAAUUGCAUUGUGGAUGAAGUGAAGGAGUAUGAGACUUUACUACUUUUCAUUAAUAAGAUUAAGGUACUGGAUUCUGAAGAACCAUUGAAAACACAGACAAAUAUUGGUAAAGAUAUCUUUUGUGAGGCUGUGAUUGAUAAAUGGGAUCAUGUAAUUGUAAAACUAUUCGAUGAUAUUUACGCCGAAUUAACUUUGGAACGAGCAGAAAUUUUUAUCACGAAAAAAAUUGAGUUAUUAAGUGAACGUGCUGCUUUCUACGAACGAGAAACGCAUGCAGUACGUGCUAGAAUACACCUAAUACUUUCUUCUGUAAAGCAGCUUGAAAGUUUAUAG